AUAGCCGGUGACAAUGUUUAUUUACCAUUGUUACUGAGAUUAGCCAACGAUGUUGAAGAAAACCCUGGGCCUACUGUAUAUGAUGUAGUUGACCCAAGCAAAACUAUUUGUGCUGAUUUUAGCCAAGACAAUGGUAGAUUAUUCAGACAUAAUGCUGCCAAGCAAUGUGUUGCCAUGUCAUUGACAUCAAUAGUACACAGCAAAGUCAAAAAUGUGAAUGAAUGGGAUUCGUUAUUCUUGAAUUUAAUUUUAUGUUCUGGAAAUGACCUUUAUACUUACAUAAGCAAUUCUAUUGGAAAAGAAUUUUUACUAUUAUCUGAAGUACCAGAGUAUGUUUUGGUAUCCAGUCAAACAUUUCAUGUGACUUACAGUGCCUCAUUUGGGGGAGAUUUGUUUAUGAAUGCUACCAUGUUACCAUACUAUUCAUUGGAAGAUUUGCUAAAUAGCUUGUUCUUUAAUUCUCAAUAUCAAUAUUGUCUUUUGACAAUAAAUAGCAAUUGUGUUAGCAUUAUUAAAACUUCUGAAGGGCUUUACAAAGUUUUUGAUCCUCACUCAAGAGAUACUUACGGUAUUCCUGAUCCAAAUGGUAAAUGUGUUUUGGUUUCAAUUGAUAGCAUAGGAAAUUUAGUAACCUACUUUCAAAAUACUAUACCUGUACGAAGUGUGACACCAUUUGAAAUAAAAGGUGUAACAGUUGAGCUAAUGGCAUUUGAGUCAGCAGAACAAACAGACACUUCAGGUCAAAAAGCAAAUACAAAUAGAGCUUCUUACAAAAGGCGACAAACAACAGAGAGUGCAAGUCAUAAACAAGCUUGGUUGGAAAAUGCUAGGAUCUACAAAAAGAGAAAACAACCCGAGAAAGAAGUAAGAAAUUUACAGAAUCAGGGUGAUUAUCUUGAAAGGUUUGACAUCACAAAUGGUGGUAUUCAUGAAACAAGCUUGGGCAAAAUUUAACAUGCAAAAGUUUAGCAAAUCCAUUCAUUAUAUUGUAGCCAAAUGCACAAUUUGUAAAGAAGCAUGGCCUGUAAAAGCAUCUUCAAAAAUAUCUGAAACAUAUGUAUGCCAAAGGUGUUCUAGAGAUAAGAAAUCUCCAAGAAAAUUUUCAUUUGAAAAUUCAAUGAUUCCAUCCCCUCAACCUGUCCAGUUACAGGGUUUGACUCAAGUGGAAGAAAUGUUGAUUGCUCGAGCUCUCCCAAUUAUGAGAGUUUAUAUUAAGCCUGGUGGGCAGAGGGGUUACUCAGGUCAUUGUGUGAAUCUGCCACAAAGUAUUACAGAGCUGGCAACAUCAUUGCCACGAUAUCCGAGAGCAUUAUCUGUAAUUCUGGUUAAAGUGAAAGGUAAAAACAAUACAUUUAAAGAUGUAAAAGUAAGAAGAGAGAAAGUACAUAAUGCAUUAUUGUGGUUGAUACAAAAUAAUCCUCUUUAUGCUGAGUUAGAAAUAGAUACUGAUGCAUUGAAUUCUUUACCAGAAAAUGGUGUUGAGACUGAAGAUGAUAUAAUUAACGAUAGUGACAUGAUGCCUGAUGAAGGCCCACUUACUGAUAACCCAGAUGAGGACAUUGUUUAUAAUAACUCCACGGAAUUUAGUAGUUUUCUACCAGUUGGUGAACAGCAAGUACAAGAAAAGGAAGCUGUUAGGAACCAGCUGUCAGGUAAUGGAGCAAUUGCAUGGCCAACAGUUGGAGACCAAGCUUUAAACGAAUAUCAAAUAUCUUGCCUAGCCACAAUGGCCUUUCCAACAUUAUUCCCAGAUGCAAAAGGGGAUCCAACUAAUGAAAGCCUUUUGAGAGAUGUUUCUUUUGCAGAACGAAUUAAACAUUUAAUUAAAUAUGGUGAGUUCAUUGAUUCAAGAUGGGUUUAUCGCUUUGCAAAGCACCCUAGAUUUUCAUAUUGGGCGCUUAAUAUGAUUCAGAGAAAAAGAAUUUUGCAACAGAGUGGAAUAUUUCUCAAGCAAAAUCCAGGUGAAGCACAUCUCACUAUUGAUGAACUACGUGAAAUGGCUGCAGGUAACAACUCAGCUGCAUUCAUGUCCAAAAUAUCAAGAUAUAUUGGAAAUAUUUCAGGUAGUAAUGCAUAUUGGAAUAAAGUUAGAGAGGAACUGAAAGCUAUAAUCACGAAUGUUGGGGCGCCAACCAUUUUCUUUACAUUUUCAUCAGCUGAUAUGCACUGGCCUGAGUUACACUCUUUACUGGGAACUAAUACAGCCAAUUCUAGCAGUGAUAUAAGACGACAAAAU